CUCUUUGAGAGUGCGCUUCUGGAAACCUCCGCAGCCCCCGAUUUCUCGCCGAAAAGGGUGAAAGAUCGCAUUUUUUUUGGGAGAGAAGCGAAGACGACGACGUUGUUCGAGGGAUUUAGGGUUUGGCUUUGGAUUUUUUAGGGGGUUUGAGAUGUUAAGCUUGGAUCGUGAGCGGUCUGAAGGUUCAGCGUUGGAGAUCAUUUGCCGCUUUGAAGAUGUUUGAUUGGAACGAGGACCGGGUCGGGGACACAAUAUGGGGUGAAUUUAGUGAGAGUGAAGACCAUAUUGUGCCUUAUCCUAAAGAAGGUGAAGAGGACACAUUGCUUAUUUGUCAUGAUUUUGGCAAAAAGCAGAAGAACGAAGGGAGCACAACUGAUAUAAAGUCUGCACAACAAACUUCUGAAGACAAAAGGGAUUUACCUGGAUGUGAUUUUGAAAACAGUUCUAGUUGCAAUGCAAAUAAAGAGUUUUCUGCUCCAAGGCUUGACUUGGACUCAUGGCCUGAUUUACCUUCCAUAAGUGCUGCACUUAGUAAAGGGUACAAUGAUGAAAAUAAUGAGAGCUCAUUGCAGGCUGGAUUAAUGGACUUUUCUGAAGCAUCUAACUUAAACAGUGUUAGAGUGCAGCUAGAGGGCAAUCAUGAACUCUUCAAUAAUGAGCAUGAUGAUAGGGAGGAUGACAGUUUUCUUGAUUGUGAUUGGGCUAAUAUGGGAGACUUCAACGAUCUUGAUAAAAUAUUUAGCAAUGACUCCAUAUUUGGACAUGAUAUUGGCAGUAAUGCAGAUGAAUUUCUAUCUUCAUCUGCAGAUGUUAUUAGUGGCACUGCACAGUCAAUUCCUAUGCCAGAUAUUCCUAUGAGCAGGGACCAGCCGUCUGAUCAAGAAUUUCCAUAUGCUUUUAGUGAACAUUCUGAUGGGAUUAGAAAGCCAGAAGAGAAGACAUCUGAUAUUACUGUGAAAACUGAAGAGCAAAUGGUAUCUUCAUCCAAUCUGACUAAUCACUCUUCUGGGAUUCAAACUCAGCCAUCAGACAAGGCGGGUAAGCAAUCAAAACAGGUGAAGCCUCGCAAAAAAGCAGAGGAUAGAAGCAAGAAUAAUUUUUCACAGAACCUGAACGGUGCUUGGUCCAAUAGAAUCAGCCAAAGCCAACAAUUUCCAAGUCCAAAAGCGCAUCCUUCUCUGUUAACUUCUGUGCAAACUUUCCAGCAUCCAGCUAUCAGUCAGCAAAGGCAGGGCGAGUCUGAACAUAUGGGGUACCCAAUCUCGUCCAGUCAGUUUAUGUUUUCUGGAUAUGGAUUUCCGGCCUACUCAUUUCCGGCGAUUCCUGUGCUUCCAUGUGCGCCAGCUGAAAGGAACCAGAUGGCACCAGUAGUUGUUGGUUACAAAUCUAAUGUGGAUCAAUCUAAAGGUCCCAAUAGUUCAGAUAAACUGCCAGAUAGCUCAAAACCAUUGACCAUGACACCUCAAGAAAAGAUAGAAAAACUAAGACGACGGCAGCAGAUGCAAGCAAUGCUUGCUAUUCAGCAGCAACAGCAGCAAUUUGGUAAGCAAAUCAGUGGUUCAGACAGUCUGGCCUCUCAAGCUUGUUCGCAGAAGAAUCAAAAUCAGGAUGCUUCAACAAGUACUAUUGGAGUUGAAGAAAGUGCAAAUAAGAUACUGUCAUCAGAAAUGAGCAUGCUUGGUGAACUGGAUGAAUCGAAUAGGAUAUCCUUGUUGAUUGAUGAUCAGUCCCUUGAGGAAACAAUUUUUUAUCAGCUUCAAGAUGCUCUGAGAAAGCUUGACACAAGAGUAAAACUUGGCAUUAGAGAUAGCUUGUUUCGUCUGGCCAAAAGUGCUAUGGAAAGACAAAGUGCAAGUGAUAGAAGCAGUACUAACAAAAUCAACAGAGAAGAUGAUGAGGUUGCUGCAAAUAUAGAUGGGAAUGGUCAAGACAGAUCAGCAAGGUUCUCAGAUACAGAAACAAUUACAAAUCCAAUAGAUCGAAUGGUGGCCCAUCUUCUCUUUCACAUACCAUCAGAAUCAACUACAAAACCAAUGACAGAUGAGCUUCCGCGUUCACCUACACUUUGUAGCACAGUGUCAUUGAGCACGCCAGGAAGCAUAUCUGAAGAACAAUCAGAGAAUGCUGAAGAAAUGGAGGUGGAACCUUCACUGUAAAGUAAGAUGUAUUGAGAGAAGUUUUUCCAUUUCACUUGGCAUCUUGGCAUGCUCAUAUAACAUACCUGCCAAACUCUUGUUCAGACUGUUUUUCUGUUAAUGAGUUUUUUUUUCCAUCUCAGGGUGGCUGAUCGGGUAGUUCCCCGCCAUUCACAUCUUCCAGAGCCCGGUCAACCUCCUGAUACACUGUAGUUUCAUGUCACAUAUUUCUACAACUGAUAUAUUAUAUAUGUAUAUCAUGCAACUGCUGCCUUGUAGCGAAUACGAAUUCGCUAAAAUGUUUCAGAUAUCUGUGCAUAAAGCAACAGAAAUAACCUCGUAUUUUUGGCCUUCUAUCAAUGGGGUGCUGCAAUCGGGAUAUACUUCUGAACACCGAUGAUUGUUAGAGCUGGUUGGUUAUGUACUAUGAUAAAUUAUUCCUCAACUCAUAAACACGGUCCUCGCGAAGUAUGUCAGGCUGCUUUCUUUUGACUAAACUUUAUGCAGAAAUCCUCAGAUAUGUUUAGUUUUGUUAAUUAUUGUGGAGGUGGUUGUAGCUACUACUAGCUUCAAUGAAUUAUGAACAUAAUCUAACAUCUCUGUUAAUCUAUUUUGUUUGUUUCA